UUUGCGGUCAGUUUAGUUGUUGGUCGCACUUUAGUUGAGUUGUGUUGCCGUUCUGUUCAGUUUAUCGUGUGCACUGAUACGAGCUGGUAUCGCGCAUCUCCUCGCCAUUACUAAAGGAAUGUUCGCGGUAAGAAAACGUGAAUAAACACGCCGGUACGACUUUUUCCUGUCCAACAUCGAGCAAUUCACUUUUUGUUGGGGGAUCGUUCGUUCGUUCGCUCUGGUGUCGAUUAAUGAAAACGUGACGUUUUGCUCAUCAGAUGUGUGAGAGAUGGCGCGCGUUUGUCUGGUCUGAAAAACCGAAAAAAAAACAGAACAAAAAAAUAAAUAAAUAAAUGAAACGAAAUAAAAAAUGAAUUCAAGUGUUGUGACUUUUGGUUGCCCUAUAAAAAAUGAAACUGAAUUUACCCUAAAAAGGACCAGACCAAAUCAAACAUUGUGUUCAUAAUCUAAGCUCAAAACAAAAAACAAAACCAAAAAAACAAAACAAAAAAGUGAAAAGAAAGAGAAAAACAUUUAACAAAAUUCGAAAUUCUGGAAAAAACGGGGAAAACUUCACUUCAUACCUUUUUCCCCAACGCGGUGUGGCGUAGCUACCGAAGACAGAGACCCAACAUUUUCACAGCACAUCUGUGGUCCGAAUACAAAUGACAACAAGUACAACGCAUAAACCUCCAAAGAAGAGAUUUAACGUUCAACCCAUCGUCAGCGAGAGCAUCAACAGGGCCCUUUGUCCCAGGAAAUUUGUGGCGAAGCAGAAAAGCUAUACCUUUAAGCGUUUGAAUCACGAACCAACAAUAGCCCCGGUACCAGUGUCAACAACAACAUCUAUACGAAUUAUACAGCUACAACUACAACAACAAUUGCUGCACAGUAACUACGCUGAUAAGUGGCGAUUUGCUAGUGUCCGUUUCGGCAGUCCUAGAAAAGGGCAGACAGUGAGGUGCCAAAAGUCAUUGGUGGACAAGUGAGGCAGCCCCUUCUCACCUUAACUCCAAAGAGUUUCAAUAUUUAACAACAACAAAACUACUCUCCAGGGCAAUAACAUUUUGGAUCACUUGAGUUUGUCCAAAGCCAUAGUUAGUUGUUGUUGUUGCCGUUUUCUGCCGAAAUACUCACGGUCACCAAGGUUGUUUGGCCAUAAACUUAUAACCAACCGGUUAAGGAUUUGUUUUUUUAAAACCACCAAAGAGGUGAUAUCCACCCACAAUCAGAGAGAGAGAGAGAGAGAGAGAGAGAGAGAGAGAGAGAGAGAGAGAGAGAAGAGAAGAACAGCAGAGCUAGAAAGAAAAUCUCCCAACAAAGAUUUGGAUCACCUUCUUGGCUUUGCCUUUUUUUGAGGUCGCUUUUACCAGCCAAGUUUGUUGCUCUGUUGUUGGCCAGCGGUUUCUUUCUCCUGCCAUUUCCAGUUGUAAACGUGUUUCUGUUUCUGGCCAUAUUCAAUCCAACCGAUAUUGAGGUUUAAUAACCAACUUUGUUGUUUGCGGUCGUUCGUUCCGUCGGUUGGUUGCCUUGUCAAUCGUCGUUGCCGUUGCAGUUUUUGUUUUCGGUUUUGUUGCCGUUGUUGUUGUUUUUUUCUUUUACUGAAAACUGGAUUUUCCAUCAGAUGUUCUCAAUGGUUGAUUGUUAUGCAGAUAUGGGACAAAUCGGACAAGAUUGUCCCGUUCGUGAAUACAACAUGGAUGACCUGGAACUAGAUCAGGUGACAAAGGUCAUUAGCUAUCAUCCACGUUUCCUGGAUCAUUUUUUGAAGACUCAAAAUUUCAUUAUGAACGGCGAUGGGCCGCUGCCGUACGACUAUCGUUAUUAUUUGGCCAUAAUUGCUGCCGCCCGUCACCAAUGCCCGUAUCUGGUGAAAAUGUACGAAAAGGAAUUCAUUAACCAGGGCGGCAAUCCGGAUUGGUUGAAUGGCCUGGACUUUAUACCGCCAAAACUACGUGCCAUAUAUGAGAUCAAUAAAAUUCUGGCCCAUCGGCCGUGGCUGCUGCGCAAGGAGCACAUAGAGAGUUUGACUCGCGGCAAGAACAGUUGGUCUCUGUCGGAAGUUGUCCAUGCCAUGGUUCUGUUAUCGCAUUUUCAUUCGUUGUCGUCGUUUGUGUUCUCCUGCGGUCUGACACAAAAACUCGAUGGCCUAUCUAGUCCCAAACUGAAGACACCACCCACCGUUGCCGCCAUCACCAGUGGCCACAAUUCUGUGACGGGUUCGUCUGCUGUUGCCGAUGGAAAUUCGUUAAUGCAUUCAGCAGUGGCAGCUGGGAUGGCCGGGGCGGGCUCUCUGCCACAAUAUCAACCACAAAAGACUGUUUUAAGUGAAAUCACACUAAACAACAACAACCACACCAAUAAUAACAACAACAACAGCAGCAGCAACAGCAUCGAUCAUCAUAAUCAUCAGCUGUAUUGCAACAACAAUGCCCAAAGCAUUGCGGAAAGUUUGACAAAUUCUGGCGGUGUUACAGGUGUUGUUGCCGCUGUCACUGCGGCAGCCUUCGCCUCCUCAGCCAAUGCUGCAGCGGUUCUAAAUAAAAUCAAUGCUCAACCCAGUGCCACAGUGGAAGUUUUAAUGGAACGCAUGAAGGUGCUCUCGCAAAAGCAGGACGAGUGCAGUGAAGCUGAACUGAGUAAUCGUUUUAAAAAUGUGGAAAUGCAAACGGCAGAGUUGCCGGCAGCAGCAACGGUUACACCCGCUGAAAUACCGCCCGUCAUCUCGCACUACAUUGAAGAUCCCAAUUUCCAAUAUCAAGACUUUGCCCGGCGGGGUGCUGAAAAUAUUCCCAAUACCUUUCGUAUACAGGAUUAUUCGUGGGAUGAUCAUGGCUAUUCGCUGGUUAAUGAUCUCUACGAAGAUGUGGGAACACUGCUGGAUCAACGUUUCCGUUGUGCCUACAAUCUAACCUAUUUCACAAUGGGCGGUGUCAAAAAUGUCGACACAUCGAAAUUUCGUCGUGCCAUUUGGAAUUAUAUCCAGUGUAUUUAUGGUAUACGUCACGAUGACUACGAUUAUGGUGAGGUUAAUCAGCUUUUGGAUCGUCCCUUGAAAAUGUUUAUCAAGACCGCUUGCUGUUUUCCGGAGAGAAUAACAACAAAGGAUUAUGAUAGCAUUUUGGUUGAACUGCAGGACAGUGAAAAGGUCCAUGUUAAUUUAAUGGUAAUGGAAGCUCGCAAUCAGGCCGAGCUACUUUAUGCUUUACGCGAAAUUAUGCGCUACAGGACAUGAUCUCAUUAAUAAACAAAAAACAAAUGAACAUAAA